CGGCAUCUUCUGGGACACAUGACAUGUCCCAGAAGACGCCGGGCCAUUCACAAAGCGCAGCGCUUCUCACACAUGUGCAGUCCGCAGUCUCUUGGUCAUUCCCUGUACUGUCUGCAGUCUCUUGGUCAUCCCCUGUACUGUCUGCAGUCUCUGGUCAUUCCCUGUACUGUCUGCAGUCUCUUGGUCAUCCUCUGUACUGUCUGCAGUCUCUUGGUCAUCCCCUGUACUGUGUCUGUAGUCUCUUGGUCAUCCCCUGUACUGUGUCCGCAGUCUCUUGGUCAUCCCCUGUACUGUGUCCGCAGUCUCUUGGUCAUCCCCUGUACUGUGUCCGCAGUCUCUUGGUCAUCCCCUGUACUGUGUCCGCAGUCUCUUGGUUAUCCCCUGUACUGUGUCCGCAGUCUCUGGUCAUCUCCUGUACUGUGUCCGCAGUCUCUGGUCAUCCCCUGUACUGUGUCCGCAGUCUCUGGUCAUCUACUGUACUGUGACAGCAGUCUCUGGUCAUCUCCUGUACUGUGUCCGCAGUCUCUGGUCAUCUCUUGUAGUAGGUCUGCGGUCUCUGGUCAUCUCCUGUACUGUGUCCGCAGUCUCUGAUCAUCUCUUG